AUGGAAGACUUUGUACCGUCAUUGAAUAGUUUAGUCAAAUAUUCAACUCCAGUUUUGGUGUCAGUAGCUGGAAAAAACACUGGUAUGAGUUUGUGGAUAACAAAUAGGGGAAAAAAAGGAUGCCUAAGCUAAGCAAUAAGUUAGAGUCAAUAGUCCUGGAAGAGUACAAAUUUAAAAAAAUUAUGACAGCAAGAGAAAAUGAUAACCUAAGAAAUAUUGCAAUAAAAUCUACCACCCAAAGAAUACAGAUUGAAAAAUGGACAAUUGUGGGUGCAAACUGUUUUAUCUACUCCUGCCACCAGAAUCGAAGUUGUUUAAUUAUAACAAGAAUUGGACAAAAGGUUAUUGUCAAGAGGAGCCAGAGAAACUGGAAUUUGUCCCAUUAGAGAAGAGUUAUAUGAAUAAUGUUUUGAUGAAUUGAUUCGCUAAAUUACAAUCGAUUGUAGUCAGAGAGGGUUACUGUUAGUGAAGUAUGUCUACAAUAUUAAUUACUUUUGAGUUCGAAACGAAUUCAGAAAUCAAUUGAAUUCCU